AUGACGCUGCCCGCCAAUGCCGCCAUAGAUUCAGAAAUCAGCCGAGAAAUUGGCCAAGUAUGGAAGCAAGUCGAGAGCCGAGUCUUGCAGAUGGCGGGCGGGGAUGAAUCGAUGCUGGAGAAGGAUCUGACCAUUGAGAGCGUCAUUUCUUCCCUGAAUCAAACUCAGGCAAGCAACAAGAAGGAAGCAGAGAAGUACGGCCAGGUCAGGAACGUGUUCCAAAGAACACUGCAAUGUAUCCAGACCGUGGGAGGCAUUGUGACGACGGGUGUUUCAACGGUAUUCGCGCCAGCUAGCACUUGCUAUAAUGCUCUGUCGUUUGUCAUUCAGGCUUGGCAGGGCUAUGAGGGCAUUUUCGACAGUCUGACCUCUCUUCUCGAGAAAUGCAUUGAAUUCAUGGAUCGCUUGAGCAUUUACGCACAAGGUGGAAUGGAUUCUAAGCUAACGAUGGUCGCCUGUUUACACCUCCAAAUCUUCGUCGAGAUAUGCGAUCGCUGUCUGAAACUGAGACAGAAGCGACACAAGCUUGCGGCCUUCAUGAAACAACUGUUUCUCAACGACGACGGCGUCCAAGGUCUUCUGGCGAGCAUGAGCGGGCUGGUUGAUAAAGAGCGAGGGCUAGUUGCUGCCCAAACUUGGAAGUCAAGUAUUGAGGCGGCGGAGAAUUCAAGAGACGGAUUAUCACUCACCCGCAAAAUGCAUGCUAGCCUCAUGGAGGACAAAAGUAUGCUGAGGAAAGAGAAGGAUAUCAAAGUAUGGAAGCAGAGUAUUUUCACGACUUUGAAUUGCGCACAAGACAUCCUGGAGGAUGCCUCAACGAAGCCUUGGGAUGAGAUUUGGAACAGAUACAAGUCGAGUAUCCUUCAGGAUACCGGCGAGUGGCUUUUCCAAGAUGCCAAAUUCACCUCAUGGCUGAACGGUAACGACAGCAAAGACCGAAUUCUAGGCCUUCAGGGUGAAGCUGGAACUGGAAAGACUCUUCUGGCGGCCAACUUUAUACUGAACAUUCGAAAAGGAAAGCUGAAAGCCCCCGAAUAUUUGGGUUCCAGGGUUGUAGUCGCCCACAACUUUAUGGAUAUGGAGACAAAACCGACAGCCGUGGAUGAUAUCAACUCAAAAGCCGUUCUCAUGUCAAGCAAUCUGAUUUGUCAGCUAGCCUUAGCUGAUGAGUCGUUGAUGAAGAGUAUUGCGUCGAUAUGCGAUCGAUUAAAAUACCUAGAAAGCCCCAAAGAGAUGUGGUCUGAGUUGUUGUUCGACAAUGAAGACCUUCUUUCUAUGGAUAUCACAUUGUUCAUCGUCUUUGAUAGAAUAAUCGGCAGCAUUCGGCAUUUUUGUCAGAUUCUUCAAGGUCUAAUGAACAGCCCUAUUUCAGACCGAAUUCGCAUUAUGAUUACUGGAAGUAAAGACUUUUUUCGCGAGCUCGAGACGGUUGGUGGUAUCAAAGUUGCGAAAAUACCACUGGUACAAUCAAACGAGUCAGAUAUUGAGAUCUACAUCAAAGAUAGGAUGGACCAUAUGGACAUUCUCAAGGAGAAAACUCCAAGUGUGGUGGAUAUCAGAGCGCGAAUCCUCAGAGAGCUCCCAAAGUCCACUGAGGGUGACUACCAUAAGAUUAACCGAGUCCUGGAUAACAUCAGUAAGACGGAUGACCCUGACGAGGUCGAUUUUCAGCUUGAAUCUGCACGACGUCCGCGGCCAGAACAGAUCGAAGCAGACAUACAGAAGCUUAACCAAUCACUGUCCAAAAGAGAAAUCGCUGAGAUAAAUGAAAUGAUCCUCUGGCUCAACAAUGGCAUGUUGGUAAAGGUCGACUUGGCUAUGAUAGAGGCUGCUAUUGAAUUAGGGAUGGGGGAUUACGUUUCACCAUCCCUGAUGUCGAUGAGGUCCAAAAUCAAGUCAAAAUACACGCUUUUCCAGGUGGGAUGGAACGACACCGUCGAAUACAAAUACCCGGACAUUGGCGCUAUGAUUCCAAAUAAAGCUUCGACCCGAGGCAGCCAGAUCCCGAAUGACGAUACUGAAGUGAGCGCAACCGAGAUCAACAUCCUGAAGCAUUACCUCUCAACGGUAUGCCCCAAAUAUCUCUACGACAAGGUGGGAUUUGAAGAUUUUCUCGAAUCCAAGCUUGUCAGCAAAGGUUCUCAAAUACAUCAAGACUUGGAAAACGCGAAUAUCCUUCUUGCUCUGCGUUGCAUGAAAUGCCUUGUUGAAGAGCGAAGUGAGAAGACCCAACUGUUAUAUGAGCACAGCCAGGCGUUUUUGAUUGAUUAUUUGAAUACGACCGAUCUCUCAUUAGCUGAUAGGGAGCUCAAGUCAGAGGCUGGAGUAAUGCUAGUGCGUCUGUUUACUGAGCAAUACGCAAUCGGGUCGUUGCUCGGAUUCGAAGACUUUAAACCAGUGAUUAAUACCUAUUUCCGUUAUGGCGACGAGUUGUUUCCAUACUCCUGGGCAUCUUGGGUAUUCGGCCAGGCAGGAGUGGUCUGUAUCUCACGGUGGUUUAGCGAUUCUGCGGUCAUUGAAGAUGUCAAGGACAAUCCGAUUAUUACUGCGUUCAAUGACCCAGAUGCGGACCAUCGGAUGGUGCUGCUCAAGUUGGGCAUGCUUAGAGCUGCCAAUGAUCUUUUCCAGAGGGACACCGCGGAGAACGAAACUCGAAUGGCUUUCUUCUUCUUAUACUUCUUGAUCACCAAGAAAAAGCUACCACACCUCGAUGGGGCAUAUUCCGCUACAUAUGAGAUGUUUCAACUAGUUGAGAAUUGGUCGCAAGCUGCCCUAGAGCUCGCAGAGAAAGAUGCACUGUGGGAGGCACGCGCGGUUGAUGUGAUCCAAAGCGUCACCCAACAUCUCCCACCACAAACACGGGCUGAGUGUGUCAGAAGAGCCAAACGAGCUGUGGACUUUGAUCCAAAUUGCUGGCAAGGAUUAUAUGCGUUGUCAAGAGCCGGAGGCCGCAACGAGGAAAAUAUCAAUAUUCUAAAGGGCGUUGUGGACAGGUUGAUAGCGGAUGAAGGGUGGACAAGUCAGCCUCGAAACAAGAUCAUUCUCACCAGGAUUUUACUUGACCUGACACUGAGCUUCGAUCACGGAAGGGAUGAAAGAUGUGAAGAAAUUAAUCUCAGAAUCUUUGAAAUCGACAGAUCUCCAGAUGUCCUGGGCAAGAUUUGUCCCAUCUUGGAGAUAUACAGCGAGCUCGAGAAGUGGGAUGCCAUCAUCACCUUUUAUGAGCGGCUGUUGGAGGAGCCGGACAAAGAUCAAAACACCACGGGGGCCUUCCUGGCGCAGAAUAUUGGCGAAUACCCUUUGGUCGAUGUUACCUUUCAAGCCAUAAAGGCGAGAAACAGAUAUGAUCUUAUUGAAACUCUGUUUAACAAGGCCUACGCAACCGAGCCGCCAUCGCAAGAAUUGGACAAACUGCGACUCGAGCAUGGUCGAAUGCUAACUCGGCUUGAGGGCUACGAGGAGGCCGGUCUUUCAAUGUGGGAAGACUGCCGGCAAAUUCCGCAGGAUGAAAUUAAUAGAUUCCGCAACGGCUUGAUCAAUGUUUGGAUCAAGCUCGCUUAUCGCAAGGGUGCUUCUUCUGUAGAUGCCGAGUCCUAUCACACAAAACUCCAAGCGUACUACAGCGACUUUGAAAGCGACAUCGUUGGAGACCUGCAGAGCUGUGCUUCCAUGGCGCAAUACUUCUUCCGCACGGGCGAUGAACAAAAGGCCAAGGAGUUACUCAAAGGCCAUGUCUCCGGUGCGCUGGAGAUGUUGGAGGAUGAUGACCUUGACAAUGACACGGUGUCUCUCUAUACUCUCAGCGUCGCCUCUUGCGCCAUGAGUGAUUUACAAAACGCUCUCGUGGCUUGGGAGCUGCAAUACAUUGCUUUCAGGGCACAGAGACAUGAGAAUAAACGAAGGCAACUGAUCUGGAGGCAGAAGCAAGUCGCUGAAAUGAAGGACUCGGAAGAUCUAGGAAAGCGCGCAGGUGAAUCUACGGAAGAGGGGCAGGUUGCCGGCCUUGGUGAGACCGACUUACUAGAUCACGAUGAGAUCAACGGAAACGAAGAUGGGGCCCACGCUUCUAAGCUUGUAGCAAAGCUCAUGGAGGAGGAAAAUGAGAACACAGAAGAAGUUUGGUGGGACAUGGGGAAGCAGCUAGCGGACGAAGAAAUUGAUCCCAUGUCCUUGAUGUCAUCCGGGCUUACAUAUUGUCACAAUUGCCGCUUUGUUAGCUGGAAUAAUGCGGGAAUGUGGCUCUGUUUGACUCAUGCCGGACAGCGAGUUUUCCACGACGACUGCUACAAGAAGCUGAUGGACGGCAACGCCCCUGCUUCCGAGUGUAGCAAAGACGACGAAUUCUACCAAUUUCCAAUGAGGGACAAGGAACAAGCCAAGUCGUUACCGAAAGGAUGUGUGUUGGUUCAAGGCGAGGUUGUCGAAUAUGAACGCUGGAAAGCUGAGAUCCGGGACAAGUAUGUAGAAUUCGAGUAG